GUAAUUACACUUUUUUUUCAUGUUGAAGACAUUUUUAACUUUAUGUGUGAUGCAUUCUAUCUAGUCUUGAUAAAUGUUUAGGAUGUUUUUUUUGUAGUCAAUUUUUUUGUGUUGUAUCUCCCUCCAUUAGUUUAUCCAUUACGGGGCAUACAUUGUCCCCUCUACGAGCAUUUCUCCCUCCACCUUCCCCCCUUCCCUUCAUCUGUCCCCCCCUCCCUUCCUUUUUUCCUGCCUCUUAGAAAGACCGAUGCAUCCUUCCUUGAGAGCAGGUAUCUUUAUUGGGGUUAUGAGAUUGCCACGUUUUCCUCCAUUUGGUUUAUUCUUCUCUUAGUGGAUGUGUGGAAAUGUUUUAUCUUAUUCUGUUAAACAACUUAUGUGGGAAAGUUAAUUCUUGUUGGUUUUGGGUUUAUUGAUGUCAAAUUCAUGAAGUGUUCAUCUCUGAGGUUUUUGGUUGCUAUAUUUGCAGAUAAGAUCCUCAGAAAAAUUGGUGAAGGUACCUUUGGUCAGGUUUUGGAAUGCUGGGAUAGAGAAGCGAAAGAGAUGGUUGCAAUUAAAAUAGUCCGAAGUAUUAAGAAGUAUCGUGAAGCUGCAAUGAUAGAAAUUGAUGUUCUCCAAUUGCUUGGAAGAUAUGAUCGAUAUGGCAGUCGUUGUGUACAAUUACGGAACUGGUUUGACUAUCGUAAUCAUGUUUGUUUAGUAUUUGAGAAGCUUGGACCAAGCUUAUUCGAUUUUCUUCGGAAAAACAAUUAUCGCUCAUUUCCGGUUGAUCUAGUCCGUGAGAUUGGCAGACAACUGUUGGAAUGUGUAGCAUUCAUGCAUGCAAUGCACCUCAUCCAUACGGAUUUGAAGCCUGAGAACAUACUUUUUGUUUCUCCAGAGUAUGUGAAAAUACCCGACUACAAGGUUACGGCUUGGUCACCAAAAGAUACUUCCUUUUACAAGAGAUUGCCGAAGUCAAGUGCUAUUAAGGUUAUUGAUUUUGGUAGCACAGCAUAUGCCCAUCAAGAACACAAUUACAUUGUCUCUACCAGACAUUACCGCGCACCUGAGGUUAUUCUAGGCAUGUCAAUGCAUUCCUAUGUUUUCCUUUCAUUUACUUUGUGGUGUUUUUCCUUUGCAUUUGUCAUUGUCAUCGAUGUACAUUUAUUAGCCUAUGGAUAUGAAUGUCUCUGUUGUUCCAGGACUUGGAUGGAGUUAUCCGUGUGACAUAUGGAGUGUUGGGUGUAUCUUGGUGGAACUAUGCUCGGUAUCUCGAAAGUCUGAGUAGUAUAUCGGCCUGUUGGUUUACUGGCCUUGCAGUAAGAUAAUUUCUAAGGAAAAAAAAUCUAAUGUAAAAAUGAUGUUUUCAGGGUGAAGCUUUAUUUCAGACACAUGAGAAUCUGGAGCACCUUGCCAUGAUGGAGAGGGU